CAAAUAAAGGACCCCCUUUAAAAAUAUCAACAAACACAACUAUUGAAAAUAAUUCUUAUAAAUUAAUUAAACAGCUGUAAGCCUUUAGGAUGGAGAAGAUUUGCUGCAUUGAUAAUGGAGCAUGCAACAUAAAAAUAGGAAAUAUCACGGAUGAAAAGCCAUUAGUCAUUCCAAACUGCAUAAUGAAGGCAAAGAGUGAAAAGCGAAGACCGUUUAUUGGAAAUCAAAUUGAUGAGUGCAGAGAUAUUUCAGGAAUAUUUUACAUCUUAGGAUUUACAAAAGGAUACAUUACAAAUUGGGAAGUUCAGAAGAAUAUUUAUGAUUACAUAUUUUCAACAGAAUUUCCCGUGAAUUUCAGUGAUACAAAACUUAUUAUCACAGAGCCACUGUUUAACUUUCCAAUAAUUCAAGAAGCUAUGAUUGAGAUUUUCUUUGAAGAGUAUGACUGUAUUUCAUUGACAAAAACGACAGCCCCAGAUCUUUGUCAAUAUCAAUAUACAAAUACUCAAGAUCCAGACGAGCCUCCUUUAUGCUGUGUCGUAAUUGAUGUUGGCUAUAGUUUCAGUCACAUUGUUCCAUUCGUCAAAGGAAAGAAAGUGUUAUCAGCAAUUAGACGUAUCGAUAUUGGUGGCAAAUUACUUACAAAUCAUCUUAAGGAAGUCAUAUCAUAUAGAUUUUUAAAUGUCAUGGAUGAGUCAUUUGUAAUUAAUCAGAUGAAAGAAGACAGUUGCUUUGUAUCUCAGGAUUUUAAUGCAGACAUGGCAAUGGCGAAAAAGAAAUAUCCUGAAAAUAAAACUAUUCGUGAAUACGUCCUUCCUGAUUGUACCACAAUUAGACGUGGUUAUUUACAAACGCCUGGAACUGCUAAAAAAGGAGACGAUUAUCAAGUGAUUCGUUUGAAUAAUGAACGAUUUACCGUUCCUGAAUUACUAUUUCAUCCAUCUGAUCUUGGAAUCAAUCAAAUGGGUAUUGCUGAAGCAACAGUUGAUGCCAUAAAUGCUUGUCCGGAAGAAACAAGACCACAUUUAUAUGCCAACAUUAUUGUCAUGGGAGGUUCUUCCAAAUUUCCAGGAAUUCGAAAUCGCUUACAAAAGGAUAUUCGUAGUAUGGCACCUGAAAUAUUCACAGUUAGCGUUUCUAUUCCUGAUGACGAUCCAUUGACUUAUGCGUGGUAUGGUUCACAGUUUUUGGCAAAUGAUCCAGAAUUUGAUAAUUUAAGUAUUUCACGACAAGAUUAUGAGGAAAAUGGUGUAAGAGGUGUUCUAAAUGAGAAUGAUGCUCAAUAAAAUGUUCAAAAAAUUAA